AUGUUUCUGACUGUGUACCUCAGUAACAACGAGCAGCACUUCACUGAGGUGCCAGUGACCCCCGAGACAACCUGCAGAGAUGUGGUGGAGCUGUGCAAAGAGCCUGGGGAGAAUGAAUGCCACCUGGCUGAGGUGUGGUGUGGCUCAGAGCGUCCUGUGGGCGAUAACGAGCGGAUCCUGGAUAUUCUGCAGAGGUUUGGGAUGCAGAGGAGCGAGGUGCGCUUCUUCCUCCGCCACGAGCGCUCGCCCUGCCGGGAAGCUGGGACUGGACAGAGGUCUCACGAUCCAGCCUUCAAAAGAAAUGGUGUGAAAGUGCCUGGUGAUAGAAGAAUUGAGAAUGGGGUAAGUGCACCAAGGAUGGAUAUGACUCUGGCUGAGCUUCAGGAAAUGGCUUCACGCCAACAGCAACAGAUUGAGGCUCAACAACAAAUGCUGGCUAACAAGGAGCAGCGCCUGAAAUUCCUGAAGCAGCAAGAUCAGCGACAGCAGCAGCAAGCUGCUGAACAGGAGAAACUGAAGCGAUUAAAGGAAAUUGCUGAGAACCAAGAAGCCAAACUUAAGAAAGUGAGAGCAUUGAAAGGUCAUGUAGAGCAAAAAAGACUCAGCAAUGGGAAGUUAGUGGAGGAGAUUGAACAGAUGAACAGCCUGUUCCAGCAGAAGCAGCGCGAGCUGGUGCUGGCCGUGUCCAAAGUGGAGGAGCUCACCAGGCAGCUGGAGAUGCUGAAGAACGGCAGGAUUGAUGGCUACCAUGACAACCAGUCUGCUGUAGCUGAGCUGGACCGUCUCUACAAGGAGCUGCAGUUGAGGAACAAACUGAACCAGGAGCAGAAUGCCAAGCUGCAGCAACAGAGGGAGUGUUUGAACAAGCGCAACUUGGAGGUGGCAGUCAUGGACAAGCGUGUUAAUGAGCUGCGCGAGCGGCUCUGGAAGAAAAAGGCAGCUCUGCAGCAGAAGGAGAAUGUACCAGUAAGUGUGGGCUCCCCCCCCCCCCCCCCCCCAGCAGUAGGUCCUUAUAUCCAGUCCUCUACUAUGCCACGUAUUGCUUCCAGACCUGAGCUUUUGGUGAAGCCAGCAUUUUCAGAUGGGACACAAGCUUUGCAGGUACCUGAUGGGCCACUGAAAACACAAACGCUGCCCAAUAUGAGAGCUGGGAGCAGUUCACAAAUUAAAACUCCUGCAGGUUCUGUGGUCCCCAAUGCUAAACCUUCCUCAUCUGCCUCUGACUGGAAUAGUUCAAAUACAGAUAAUCAUAUUAAUCAAGGAUCAGCCUUGACUUCAGGAAAAGGAAUUGUGUCAAGUGAAGGACAAGCUGAAGGAGAAGCUUUUUUACGAGACAAGGAGAAGAAGGUGCGUCCGUUCUCCAUGUUUGACUCGGUGGAGCAGUCGGCUGGGCUGGGCACGCUGAGGAAAAACCAGAGCAGCGAGGAUCUCCUGCGGGAAGCACAGACAACCAAUAAAACCGUAGCCAAGGUGCCACCACCUGUCCCCACUAAACCAAAACAGAUAAACUUGCCUUACUUUGGUCAAGCCAGCCACCUGCAGCCUGCUGAUACAAAGCUGGAUGGAAACCUGCAGAAGCUGCCUUUGGCUAUUGCAGCCAUGGGGAGCAAGCAAAAACCAGUGGCACAGCAGCCUUCUCAGCAGAUACAGCAAAGAAUUUCAGUACCUCCUGCAGGUUCCUCCUCUAGCCAGGAUCAAAUCCUUCCUUCCUCCAAACAGGAGAGUCCCCCAGCAGCAGCUGUGAGACCUUUUACUCCUCAGCCAUCCAAAGAGUCUUCAUUGCCACCAUUUCGAAAGCCGCAGACUGUGGCUGCAAGUUCCAUUUACAGCAUGUACACCCAGCAGCAGACUGCUGGGAAGAACUUCCAGCAGGCAGUGCAGAGUGCUUUGACGAGGACACAGACCAGAGGACCACACUUCCCGAGUGUGUACGGCAAGCCCGUGAUGGCAGGAGCCGGGGUACAGAACCAGCUGCCGCAGACAGAGAACAUCUACUCCAACCUGCAGGGCAAGCCAGGCAGGCCAGAGCCCGAGGUGGAAACAGCAGCCUCUGCUCACGAGAGCCACGAAGCAGAGCGGAUCCCCCGUCCCCUGAGCCCCACCAAGCUGCUGCCCUUCCUGUCCAACCCCUACCGCAACCAGAGCGACGCCGACCUGGAGGCGCUGCGGAAGAAGCUCAGCAACGCGCCCCGGCCGCUCAAGAAACGCAGCUCCAUCACCGAGCCCGAGGGGCCCAACGGCCCCAACAUUCAGAAGCUCUUGUAUCAGAGGACCACUCUGGCUGCAAUGGAGACUAUCUCGGCUCCACUGCAUCCCUCCAAGCAGAUGGCAUCGCCUGCCAGCCCUGAAAGCCCAGUGGAAAUCCCAAAUCCUUAUCUAAGCACAGAAUCGGAAAAAGAAACAGCUGUUUCCAUGCCAGAACCAGCUAUUGCUGAGGAGACAGAAAGCACAGCAGCAGAGCAGAGUGAAGCUGCUCUCCCCCCCAUACCUUUGGACACUGUGCCUGAAGCUGUAUCAGACAGUGAUGAACUCAUGCAGCCCAAACCAGAAGAACCAAACCUAGAAGUUCCCCUGCCACUGGAGGUGUACAUGGAAGAAUAUCCUCCAUACCCACCACCUCCCUAUCCAUCAGGGGAACCAGAGAGUUUGGGAGAGGACUCAUUCAAUAUGAGGCCUCCUGAAGUUACUGGACAGUUUUCCUUGCCUCCUGGGAAGAGGACGAAUUUGCGUAAGACUGGCUCCGAAAGGAUUGGGCAUGGAAUGAGAGUGAAAUUCAACCCCUUGGCAUUGCUUCUGGAUUCAUCUUUGGAGGGGGAGUUUGACCUUGUGCAGAGAAUAAUUUAUGAGGUGGAAGAUCCCAGCAUGCCCAACGAUGAAGGAAUCACUGCUCUGCACAACGCCGUGUGCGCCGGGCACACGGAAAUCGUCAAGUUCCUGGUGCAGUUUGGGGUGAAUGUGAACGCUGCAGACAGCGAUGGAUGGACCCCUCUGCACUGUGCAGCAUCCUGCAAUAACGUGCAGGUGUGCAAGUUCCUGGUGGAGUCGGGGGCAGCUGUCUUUGCCAUGACCUACAGUGACAUGCAGACGGCCGCGGACAAGUGCGAGGAGAUGGAGGAGGGCUACACCCAGUGCUCCCAGUUCUUGUACGGAGUGCAGGAGAAGAUGGGGAUCAUGAACAAAGGAGUGAUUUAUGGCCUGUGGGAUUAUGAGGCUCAGAACGAUGACGAGCUGUCCAUGAAGGAAGGGGACUGCAUGACAAUCCUGCGCCGGGAGGACGAGGAGGAGAUCGAGUGGUGGUGGGCACGGCUCAACGACAGGGAGGGCUACGUGCCCCGAAACCUGCUGGGGCUGUAUCCGAGGAUUAAACCUAGACAAAGAAGCUUGGCAUGAAAUAGUACAGAAGCCAGAUUCUUGAAGUACUAAUCAUGGAUAACUUACAGAAAAAAAAAGUCCAUUUUGUGUUGGUUCCAAUAUCAUGAGACUUAUUUCAAUGACAAUGUAAUUUGAAAGCUAUGAAAAAUGUGCUUUGAAAACAAAUGAAGGAUUGAUGCAUUAGCAAAUGGAUGAGGGCAUUGUUCAAGAUGAAAUAAUGCUUACAAGCAAAUGAAAUUCUGCUGCCUGUGGUCGAAUCAAGCCUUUAUGUUCAAGUACCCACCCGGAUUUCUUCAGCUGUGGCAGAAAAGAGUUUUGCUUUUUUUUCUGCAUUAAAUACAAGGACCUUUUGAAUUUGCCAAUGAAGGAAGCAUCAUGAAACAGACAACUUGACUUUGUCCAAAUUUAUCCCGAGGCUUUUUACAGAGGGGAGAAUAUAAAGUAUGUGCACAGCACCCAACUACUUAUUGCUGGAAGCAGAAUGUUUGUUAAAAGAAGCUGAAAAACCUGAAGUGCAUCUGAAGAGUGACAACCACAUGACCAAUCCAUUAAGCAAUAACUUUUAAAAAAGCUG